UACAUUUUCCGAUAAAUUUAGCCGUAACAAUCUACAGUAACAACAUAAAUCUGUACACAGUUUAAAAGAGACUUUGCUGGGCGUACGAUCACAACUAGGCAUAAGCGAAGCAUCUUAUUAAGCCGAGCAAUGGCCCGAUUUGCCUUUACUUCGGCAGUUUUGGUACUGUUUCUGGUAUUUAUUGUCCGUCGUGCGUCAUGCACAGCACAGGACAGGCCCCGGGGAAUCGUUCUCGGUUCCUCGAAUGAAUUCAUCAACUUGCCGGAGUUUCGUCAAGCCCAGUAUGUCUCGAAUGGGGCCCGCGUCCCAUCAGAUGUCAUGGCGGAACUUGGUGUCGACCAGUUUGCAUCAUCUGCCGACUUGCAGAAUGGUUUCUUCCAUAAGGUCCGUGAUUUACUGGCCUCAGUGGUCGACCGUACCGGAGCAGGGAGCACCCCGGCUUUGGACAUGACCAGACUGCGGCAAGAUGGCCUGAAACUGCUGCAGGACCUUGGACUGUGGGACCCGCAGGAACCAGGCCAGAUCGACUUGGAGGAGAUGGCGGAGGCAGUAGGCAAGGAGCUGCGGCAGUUUGUCGGUAUCCAGGCCUGGAGAAAUGUAUCUGCCAACUGCCUCAACAACACGCUGCAGUUCUUUGAAGAUGCAAGCAUAAGUCUUCCAUACACCGGUCAAAUGAUAAGCUCCGAUGGCGAAUUAAUUAACCGGGAUUUCGUUUACAACUUCAACAUUGCGAGUCUUGGUAAUGUGGAGAUGUGUCAGUCGGUCAAGGAGUGGAACCCAGACGCCCCGUACGAGACGCAGUACUGCAACCUCGCUUAUCCAGUUGUAGGUCUCGACUUUUACGCUGUCAUUGGUCUAUGCUUUCCCGCUAACUGCUCCGUGGAUGAUCUCCAACAUCUCUUUCAACCGGUUCCAUUUAUUGGACCGUACAUAGGUAUCUCCUGCGUAGGGCCAUACCCAUGGGAACCGUGGGCGAUUGUCACAGUAUGUAUUUUGUGCUUUUUCCUGUUGCUGGUAACCAUGGGAACGGUUUACCACGUCAUGAUUCGUCGAAGAAUCCAGGCCAGUAUGGCCAAAGUAGCGGCUCGUGUGGAGGAAAGAGACGAUGGACAAUCGGACGAGAAUUCUCUCUCAAAGGCCGAGAUAGAACUCCAGUACGGCAGCAACAGGACGGCCAGUGUCGUUGUGAAGAAAGACUUGGAAGCUAAUGGCCAUGCAGCCCACCACAACAACGGGUUCGUCGACGUUGAGGGCGAUGUUGCGGACUCAAAGGAGACCAUCACUCGCUCCGAAGAAAUUCGAUCACAGGAUAAUGACAGAGCAGCGAAGCACAAGAUGAAGACAUUUGGUCUUCUGGACAAUAUCAUGAUGGGGUUUUCGUCCAUCCACAACGGCUCGAAGAUUUUGAACACGGAACAGACGGCUGGAAAUCUAGGCGUUCUGAACGGCAUUCGCGUCAUCAGCAUGUGGUGGAUCAUUCUGGGCCACACCGUCUAUUUCAUGAUCGGUUAUUGGGAUGACUUCCGUUAUGUGAGCACCACGCUGUCCAAGUCAUUCUUAUUCUCGGUAAUCAUCAACGCGGGCGUUUCCGUCGACACCUUUUUCUUCCUAAGUGGUCUCCUCCUGACGUACCUGACGUUGAAGCAUCUCCAGAAAGCCAACGGUAGACUGAACUGGUUUCUCUUCUAUCUCCACCGCUUCAUCCGUAUCACCCCGGCCUACAUGGUUUCUAUAGCUAUAUGGGCCAGCCUAGCGAUUCAUUUCGGUCAGGGAGUGGGCAAGCAUGCAAUGUUCGAAGGGGCUGCCGAAGCCUGCCGCAAAUACUGGUGGACCAAUUUGCUGUACAUCAACAACCUGUAUCCCUUCCCUGGCGAUUUGAGUCUCCAGUGCUUGGGAUGGUCGUGGUAUCUUGCUAACGACAUGCAAUUCUUCGUCAUCAGCCCUGUCAUCAUCUACCUACUGUACAAAAACGCCAAGUGGGGAAUGGGCUUGAUAAUGACACUGUGCCUAGCCUCUUUUGGCGUCACUGCAUACAUCGCUGCUUAUUACGGGGCAGGAGUUGGUCUUAUACCUGCUUACAACAACAACACUCUUGUUGUGUACGGUAGUGCUACAGCAGACAUCAUAUACGGCAAGCCGUAUUGCCGGAUACCAGCCUAUUUGGUCGGCAUGGUGUUUGGAUACAUCUUCUACAAGGUGCAAGGGAAACCAUUUAAAAUGAGCAAGUGUUUCAACCUAUCCAUGUGGUUUGUGUCUACGGCUGUUGCCCUGUCAGUCGUGUAUGGAAUUUACAGAGAUGAAGGCGAAUUACCGCUGUAUGCUGCGGUGCUCUACAACGUGUUCGCCCGACCUGCGUUUGUAACAGCCGUCGGGUGGGUGGCAUUCUCCUGCUUGGUGGGCUAUGGAGGACCCGUCAACGCCCUCCUGAGUUGGGGCUUCUGGGCCCCGUUGAGUCGCAUCACCUUCGGUGCUUAUCUCCUGCACCCCAUCAUUAUCUACACCAUCUACACGAGUAAUAACGCUCAGUAUCACUUCACCUACAUGCAAUGGGUAUGUAUGUUCCUCGCUAAUCUGGUGUUGGGCUACGCAGCGGCCUUCGUGUUAUCCAUCGGCGUGGAAGGCCCGAUCAUGGGGCUGGAGAAAGCUCUACUCGGCGGAGGGGCGAGAGGCAAGAAGAAAUAAAAUGGAGCUUUGACAAAAGAUCGCGGGGGAAGAACAAAUUGCAAACAUUGUAACAUUAUUUUGUUACAGGGCCAUUAACCUUGAUUAACAAAUACCUUAGACAAUUUACCCAUUCCUAUUGGUCUAGAGCCCAUAACGUGGCCGGUUUUAAACGGAUGAUAAACACAUGGCUGGCUGGU